AUGGCUCCUGGCGGCAAUGUCAAGGUCGUUGUUCGAGUCAGGGCAUUUCUUCCUCGAGAAAUCGACCGAGGCGCACAAUGCCUGAUUGAGAUGAACCCACGCACCCAGUCGACGAAGCUGCUCGUCCCCCCUUCGUCCGACCCGGCGAAUGCAAGAGCACAGACGCGAAAAGUGGUAGAGGAGAAGCUAUUCACAUUUGACAAUUCAUUCUGGUCGCACAAUACACGAGACGAACACUAUGCGACGCAAGAGGAUGUCUAUAAUUGUUUGGGAGAAGAGUUUCUCGACCACAAUUUCGAAGGCUACCACACAUGCAUCUUUGCGUACGGGCAGACGGGCUCAGGCAAGAGUUAUACCAUGAUGGGCACGCCAGAGCAGCCCGGUUUAAUCCCACGAACCUGCGAGGACCUGUUCCAACGCAUCGAGUCCAACGAGAGCGCCAAUAUCAGCUACAGUGUCCGGGUGUCAUACUUCGAGGUCUACAACGAGCACGUACGGGAUCUGUUCCAGCCUCGGACGGAACCUCCACAAUACCUCAAAAUUCGCGAAUCUCCGACGGAGGGGCCGUACGUUAAGGACUUGACAGAAAUCCAAGUCAAGAAUUACGGCGAGAUCCUCAAGUACAUGCGCAUGGGCGAUAGCUCCCGGACCACCGCCUCGACCAAGAUGAAUGACACAUCGUCUCGGUCUCAUGCAGUCUUCACCAUCAUGCUGAAACAAAUCCACCACGAUUAUCGGACAGACGAGACGACCGAAAGACUGGCUCGGAUAAGGCUGGUGGAUCUGGCAGGAUCUGAACGUGCCAAAGCCACAGAGGCCACUGGACAGAGACUUCGCGAAGGGGGCAACAUCAAUAAAUCGCUGACCACACUAGGGAGAGUGAUUGCGGCGCUCGCCGACCCCAAACACGGGCGAAGCCACCCAGCAAAACGGACAAAUCGUGACAUCGUGCCGUAUCGUGAUUCGAUCCUGACCUGGUUGUUGAAGGAUUCACUCGGUGGAAACUCAAAGACCGCCAUGAUUGCUUGUAUAGCACCAUCGGACUACGAUGAAACCUUGUCGACCCUUCGAUAUGCGGAUCAGGCCAAACAUAUCCGCACCAAGGCUAUUAUCAACCAAGAUCAUGUAUCAUCUGCCGAGAAAGACGCACAAAUCAACGAGAUGCAAGAGACGAUCCGAGCGCUGAGGUGGACGCUGAGCCAGCAGCAACAGAAUGGUAGUGCCUCUGUGAUGAAAGCUGUGCAAGAAACCGCCGAUGCACAAUCGGAGAAGAUCCGUGAGUUCACGACGAAGUAUGAAAACAUGUUGCAGAUCAUGGAAGAGAAGUUGGCUAUCUCCGAAUCGAAGGUGCGUCAGCUGGAGGAAGAAAAAGAGGCUUUGAGCAUUCAUUUGAAGCUUGUGCUUGACGAGCUCAAGAACCCCAUCGUCAUCAACAAAGAUGACACCGAAUCUGUCUACGGGAGGUCUAGAGCGCCGACCCCAGACAUGAUAUACGAAGACGAAACAGCCUCUAGCGACGAGGUAGAUACAGAGUCCGAGCCCGACGACGAGGCAGCUGAGAUGCAGGCGGAGAUGGAAGCAUUGAUCUCUGAUUUGGGAAUGUUCAAGAAAAAGAUUGCUGCCGACCACGAGAUGUUCGGCAUCACCGUUGCAGCAUGA